AUGUCGUUGCUUGAGGGUUGUGAUAGACGUCGAUACAAUCUUCCAUCACAUAAAGAGGUUGCCAAUGUGUUUGUAGGAAAUGAUGGUGCUCCACCUCCAUCUAGAGAAGUUGUUAUUUAUCCUCGAGGUCAACCCUUAAAAACAAUUUUAAGUAUGUCUGCAAAUCUACAUCCAAUGAUAUAUCCAAUAUUUUUUCCAAGAGGUGAUGCAGGAUGGCAUGAUCAACUAAAGCACAAUCCUGACCGAGCAACACGUGUUCGAAAUCGUGUUACUUUGUCUCAGUACUACAAUUAUAGGCUUUCUAUUAGACAAACGUUCAGUCCUAUAUUUCAUGGAAGUCCAAGAGCUUUAAAAGAAAAUUUUGAAGAUGCAAUGGCAAUUAUAAAGAAGGAAAUUACAGAAAAUUUAAAUCCAGGUGAGAGCGCAACUGACAGGCCUGAUUUAGUUUGUCGCGUAUUUGAGAUGGAACUUAAAUGCUUCUUAGGUGAUAUUUUUAAACAUGGAGUCUUCGGCAAAGUUGUAAGUCAUGUACAGGUUAUUGAGUUUCAAAAACGUGGUUUACCACAUUUGCAUAUUUUAUUACACUUUGUAAAUGAUGAUAAGCUAGAAACAGCAGAGGAUAUUGAUAGUUUAAUAUCAGCUGAAAUUCCAGAUCAAACUGUUGGUUCUGAACUUUUUGAAAUUGUAAAAACAUGUAUGAUUCAUGGACCAUGUGGGAUUUUAAGUCCUAAUUCUCCUUGCAUGAUAGAUAGAGUUUGCACAAAAAAAUUUCCUAAAGAGUUAAAUCCUCGCACUGUUGCAAUUUUCAAUGGUUAUUCUAACUUCAGGCGUUUAGAUAAUGGUAACGUAGUUAUUAUAAAAAGUAACCAAGUUGAUAAUCGUUGGGUUGUACCCUAUAACCCCUGGUUAUCAAAAAAAUACCAAGCCCACAUUAAUGUUAAAGCUUGCAUGUCUAUUAAGUCAGUGAAGUAUUUAUACAAAAAGGUCUAUAAGGGGCAUUAUUGUGGGAAUGUGGUAAUUAAUGAAAGUGUUAACCAUGAUGAAAUCAACACAUAUUUAGACUGUCGCUUUGUUUCCGCCCCAGAGGCUCUUUGCCGAAUAUAUGAGUAUUCCAUAAGUGAUAUGUCACAUACUAUUAUCCGCCUUCAAAUCCACUUUCCUGAUAAUCAGAGAGUAUAUAUUAUCGAAGGAGAAGAAGAUCGUGCAGCACAGCGUGACACUCACCUAACCGUUUGGUUUAAGUUAAAUGCUGAAAAUAAUGAAACACGUCAGUAUUGUUAUGUUGAAAUUCCAUAUCAGUUUGUUUUUCGUAAAAAUUGCAAGUGGAAAGUAAGAGGUACUGAUAAAGUGGUUGUUCGAAUGUAUAAAGUCAGUUCAUUUUACGAAUUAUUUUUUCUCAGAUUGUUACUUUUGUAUGUAAAAGGUGCAAAGUCUUUUGAUGAUUUGCGUACUGUUUAUGGUACUGCUGUUAGUACAUUUCGUGAAGCAUGUUAUCAUUUAGGUUUAUUGCAAGAUGACAUUGAGUGGAGAAAUACAUUAACUGAAGCUGCUGCAACUCGGAUGUCUAAACAAAUUAGGCUACUGUUUUCCAAUAUAUUAACUUUAUGUAAACCUGAUGAUCAUUUACACCUUUGUAAUACAUUUAAAAAUUAUAUGAUUGAGGAUUACAUACACCGUUCAAUGCCAGUCGUACUUGCUGAGCAGGCAGCUCUUCGUCAAAUUGAAUCUAUAAUUAAUCAGAGUGGUAAAACCUUAGCUGAUUAUAAUUUUCCAGCUUUAGAUCAGUUUUUAUAUAAUGUCCCAGAAAAUGAUGAAGAAGAUGUUCAGGUGUUUAUUGAUGAAGCAAACCUAGUUAGACCAUUAUUGAAUGAUAAUCAACGUAAUGCAGCUGAUGCGAUCCUUGCUGCACUAAGUGUGGAACCUACUAAUAAAAAUAAGCAUUCAAGGUUGUUUUCCAUGAAUGGGCCUGCCGGUUGUGGUAAAACGCUUACUUACAAUUAUUUAAUUGCUGAAACACGAAGCAGGCAUAUUAGAACUGCAACAGCUGCAUGGACAGGAAUAGCUGCAACUCUUCUCAAAAAUGGGUGCACAAUGCAUGGCUUAAUCAAACUUCCUGUUCCAAUUUUGGAAACUAGCACAUGUAAUGUAACUCCAAACUCUAUUCAUGGUAGAUUCCUGAGAAAAAUCAGUUUGUAUUUACUUGAUGAAGCAUCUAUGAUACCCAAAUAUGCUUUGAGUGCCAUUGAUAAGCUAUUACAAGAUAUUUGUAAUAACAACUUUCCUUUUGGUGGUAAGGUUAUUCUUAUGGGUGGAGACUUCAGACAAAUACUUCCAGUUGUGAGGCGAAGUCGACCAGCAGAAGUUAUAGAAUCAUGUUUAAAAUGUUCUGAACAUUGGCAAUAUGUGCAAAGGUUCUCAUUAAUUGUAAAUAUGAGGGUUCAGAUAGAAGAAGAGGAAUUUUCUCAAUGGCUUUUAAAGCUUGGAAGUGCAACAUUACCUUGCUUUCUCAGUGAUAAUGAACCUAUUGCGGAGAAGAUUUUUGGUGGUGCAGAAGAAGCUGAUUAUGCAAAACGUGCUAUUUUAACGCCAACAAAUGUUGAUUCAUUGGCAAUAAAUGAAGAAGUCCUUCAUUGUUUACCCGGUGAUGUGAAAACAUAUUUAAGUUCAGAUAGCAUUGAAACUGAUGAUCUUAAUGGAAUUAAAAACUUUCCAGUCGAGGUUUUAAAUAGUUUGACUCCAUCAGGUAUGCCUGUUCAUUGCCUAAAAUUAAAAAUUGGUGCUGUUAUAAUGCUACUAAGAAAUUUAGAUCUCAAAGGUGGACUUUGUAAUGGAACCUGUUUGAUGGUGCGUGCAUUACACAACAAUUACAUUAAUGGUGAGGUUUUAACUGGUGUAUCAGCUGGUAACAGGGUAUUUGUUCCUCAAGUUCAAUUAGCUCUAUCAGAUGCAAAUUUACAUUUUACAUUUAAACGCCGUCAGUUUCCAGUUAGGUUAGCAUACUCAAUGACCAUAAAUAAAAGUCAAGGUCAAACAUUUGAAAAAUUUAUACAAGUUUACAUUAAGUUGUUUCCAUGUGAAAAGUAG